AUGUUGCAAACAUCUCAAAGCCGGAAGGGGGCGGCGGCAGCCAAUACGCCGCAGCAGGUCAAGCUUCGAAGUGCAUGCAACAAAUGCUGCAUUGCCAAGGUAAAAUGUUCGGGCGAGAAAACCGGAUGUGCGCGGUGUCGCAACACGGGGGAUAAAUGUGUGUACAUGGAAUCAAGAGUUGGCAAAGUCCAAGGACCGAGGAGGAAGACAAGGGAUACCAGCCGCAACGAACCCCGGCACCACCAACAGGACAGGACAGGCCUCUCUUUGGCCCAGCCGGCUUCUGUCAUUACGGUAGCGACAGGCGAUGAGUUGCAGGAGCACGACCCCGUUGAAUUGAUACGGUGGUCUGGCGACUGGCAUCUUGCACAGUUGGAAACAUCAUCACCCGCCGAAUUUCGCGACAAUUUAUCCAGCGGCGCGGAAACACGUCACAAUUCCACCGACGUCUCUAUGUAUACCAGUCCGGAAGGAUUUGGGAUGCCUGUAGUUGACCCAAAUCUGGAAAACUUCUUACUGGAAUUUCCCGUUCCACGAGACUCGCUUGAGCCCACUAGCACAGCAUCUAGUGGUGAUGCCUCCGCAUCUCCGUCACUCGGGAUGCGGCCAAGGACCGAAGCCGACAGCCAGUGCUGCCUGGAUUGCUGCCAUAUAAUUGCAGAUCUCGAGAACUACAUAAUGUCAGAUCUGAGAAACUUCAAGAUUAUCCUUGGCAUCAUUAGAAACGUGCUCCAAAGGCUGGCACAGUUGAUCGAACAUCAGCAGAGCUCGGUAAACCAUCGAUGUCUCCUCCUGCUUAAGACACUCAUGUACCAGAUCCUGGAGCUAAUGGAGGCUGGUCGCAAAAGUAUUAUAGCCGAGAAGACGCGGGAGCGACAGCGAAGCCUUGCAAGUGGGGGCACAGGCCUAGGUCUCGGGGACUAUUCGAUUGAUGCUGAAGAGCAGUCAACACUCAGAGUCCAGACGGUAAUCAAAGAGGUACGACGGGCUACCGAACUUUUGAGCAAAAUGAAAAGCCUGAGUGACGGUUCGGGGCCAUUAUCUGAUCGCACCGCACGAGAGAAUCAUUACAUAGAUCUCGAGGAUCGUUUCCGAGGUCUGGAGGCUCUGUUAAGACCAUAG